GAUGGGAUUUACGGUUCUUUUAAGGGAUCCGAAUCUUUUGGAGCUGGUCAUUUCAAAAAAAGUUCAAAAGAGCCGACUCGUUCACAUCACAACUGGAGGCACGGCACUGUCCAGGAGCCGGAUCUCGGGUUUUUGUUCUCCACUUUUUCCCCCAGAUUAUCCACGGGCUCUCGUCGGGAUUAAGGCACAGAAAAAGGCGACAUGGACGUGGAGAGGCGCUGCUGUUGAAGAGGAAAAGAAGAGGCUGAAGGGAAAGAGGAGAGGAGGAGGUUUGGUUGCCAGGUUUGGUCCAGAUUCAGCGGCUCUUUGCGCGCGCCUCUUCCCCCGCGUGUGGAGCAUGGGCUGCGGCCUGAGGAAACUGGAGGACCCGGAGGACAGCAGCCCGGGGAAGAUCUACUCCACUCUGAAAAGACCUCAGGUGGAAACCAAAGCGGAGGUGGUGCAUGAGUAUGUGCUGCUGGACUUCAGUCUGGAAGGUAGUCGUCCCACUGUCCAGUAUGUGUCGUCCCUGUCGGAGCUGCCCCAGGCGCUGCAGCCGUACUACACCCAGGGCUACGUCCUCACCGCGCUCCACCCCAUCAUCCUGUCUGUGGGCCGGACACGCUCUCUGCCCUUCAGCCUGCUGUAUCGAGCUGUCCUGGCCCGUCCACGACCGAGUAAACAGACCGCCGCCAUGUGCCACAGUGUCCCCGUGCUGAGGGUGGAGGAGUGGCCUUUGCCCGGAGACUCACUGACCGGAGACACGGUCCGAGCGCUCAUCGACCGGGUGAACAGCAGCGCUCGUGGGGGCGUUCGAUUCGUCGGCUCCGUCCUGCAGCAGGUGGGCGGGGUCAGUAAUGGUCGGGUCCACAGUCCAAAAAGAGGCUGCCGCUCCCCCCCGCACACCCCCCCUCACACGCCACCUGCAGACCGAGAGCUGGACGAGCACACCUAUAGUCCAGACCUGCGGUUGCUGGUGUUCUUCCACUCCUGGGCUCCGGGGUGCGCUCCACUGGACUCUGUGGGGUGUCAGUAUCAUCAGGGCGCUCUGUCCAUGCGGGUCUCUAGAAAGGGUCAGGUGGUCAGCGCUCUGGAAGCUGAUUGGCUAGAGCUGACGGCGGCGUACUACCGCAAAGGCUGGUCACUGGUGGAUUCUUUCGUCUACUGGGACACGCCUAAAGGAGAGCCCGUGCCCAGGUCUCUGGAGGGGCUGUUUGUGUAUGAAGAGCGGAGCACAGCGCCCCCUGCCAACGACACUAUAGUGGUGGAGCAGUGGACAGUUAUUGAGGGUUCAAACGUAAAGACAGACUACGGCCCGCUCCUCCACACGCUGGCGGAGUUCGGUUGGCUGCUCACGUGCGUCCUGCCCACGCCCAUCAUCAGACACGACAGUGACGGGAACCUGGCGACGAAGCAGGUCGUGUUUCUACAGCGACCGGUGAGAAAUCAGACUGUGACGCACGACAAGAACAAGCCUCUGUCUGUUCACACUGAAGUCUCCGGCCGCUCCGUGAGUCGCUCCGUGAGUCGCUCCGUGAGUCGCUCCGUGAGUCGCUCCGUGAGCAGCGCGGUCUCUCCACAGGACCUGUCCCCUGUCGCUGGCGGCAUCGGGGGCUUCCCGGUGUUUGGGGGGGGCUAUCCCAGCUCCCUGUCCCACCUGGAGGACGGCGGCUUUGAACCGGAUGAGGGCAAAGCCGAAGUCACCUGUAUGUGAGGCCGCUGAGGUCACGUCCUGUUUACACGACCGGUCAAAAGUUUAUUUUUAAUGCUUUUUACAUUUUAUAUACAAACAGAAAACAGCAAAUAUAUGAAGUAACAUAUAUGGGAUUAUUAAGAAAAAAAAACUCAUUUAAAUUUUUCAUUCUUUUAAUUUAUUUUUUUUAUUUUAUAUUCAAAUCCUCUAAAUAGCUCUAGUAAAUAUUUUUUGUGGCUUUUUUCUUUAUUUUAUGUUCAAAUCCUCUAAAUAGCUCUAGAAAAUAUUUUUUGUGGCUAUUUUCUUCUUUUUUAUAUUCAAAUCCUCAAAAUAGCUCUAGUAAAUAUUUUUUGUGGCUAUUUUCUUUUUUUUAAUUUAUAUUCAAAUCCUCAAAAUAGCUCUAGUAAAUAUUUUUCAUAGCUAUUUUAUUUUUCUUUUUUUAUUUUAUAUUCAAAUCCUCUAAAUAGCUCUAGUAAAUAUUUUUUGUAGCUAUUUUAUUUUUUAUUUUAUAUUCAAAUCCUCUAAAUAGCUCUAGUAAAUAUUUUUCGUGGCUAUUUUCUUUUUUCUUUUAUAUUCAAAUCCUCUAAAUCGCUCUAGUAAAUAUUUUCCGUGGCUAUAUUCUUUUUUUCUUUACUACACAGUUCCAUAUAUGUCACUUCUUAUAUUUAAUUUGAAUGUAAAAAGUUGUAAAAAAUAAAUAAAAAAAAAACCCUGAAUGAGAUAUUUCGUCCAAACCUUUGACCAGUUGUGCAAACGUGGAGUUAUUUUUAACGGGACUAGAGAUGAACGAAGGAAGAGGAUGCGGACGCAGCGGGGGACGCCUCUUCCUGAUUGGAUGAUGCUGUUAAUAGACUGUUUAGUUCUCAUCGAGUUCCUGAUCGUUUCCUUUUUUGAUUCAAGCACUUUUUUUUGUUUUUGUUAUUUCACAAAGCCAUAAUGAGGACGAUUAUGUUUUAGACGAGCUGAUGUUCACGUGCGGACCGCUGCGGUGUCGUUUGGGUCACAUUAAACUGGUGAUUGACAGGAGGGGCACCUUCUUAAAUGAGGUUAAUCUGUCACGACGAUCAGUAUUGGCUGGAAUAUAAGAUGGGAUAAUAAAGUCUGUACAGUUUAAAACAUUUAUUACAAAACGAGUUGAUCAGACAUCUUAAUCAGACUUGUUCUGUUGUACAAUACACAUCUAUAUGGGCUCCAUCGGUGAAGACGGGGCUGUUUCUUCUUCUCAUCAACGGUUCAAUCGCAUCUGUAUCUUUCGCUUUAGUUCAGUAAAGUCCCGCAUCUUUGUCCGAUUCACGAUUCAUCUUCAAUACAGCCCCGUUUAAACAAAUCCAGAGGCGUGACAUCUCGUCCAUCCCUUCCAAUCCAACCCAACCAACUGGAAAUGUUUGAUUGAGGAGCUCAUAGACUUGCAGAUCCCAGUGUUGUGGAGCGCCAUCUGCUGGAGAAUCGUGGAUGGUUGAAGGUCCUACAGUUGUGGGGCCACAUUGUCAGACAAAACGUCGAGGUAAAUAAUCUCUCGUGGAAGAAAAAUGGACCAAUAAUUCGACUGAACAUGAGUACAACAGAACAAAUCUAAUUAAUAUAUCUAAUAUCAGUGGAGCUCAGUGUUUAUCUGUGCUUUUUCUUUGCAUUAGUGGAGAGAUUUCGGGUGUUUUUUGUUGUAAAACGAUCAGAUUUAAGCCGUGGAGAGGGGAAUAAGUCGCUUUUAUGGCUCGUUACUGGAACAUUCUGCUGUUUAUUUGCUCCAGCUCACGUCUUUUAAUGAAACAGUCGAUUUAAAAAUGGUCCACUGGGAUUAUCUUGCUUUAUUUCAGUAUUAUUUUCAUCAGUUUAUCGCAGUAUUCCUCUGUAGCGAUGUAUAUGGAGCUUCCAGAUGUGUUAUUGUGACGGGUUUAUUGACAGAUCUUUGUUGUUUCUUCAUCACUUUGGUACUGUCCGGAAAUGAGCAUGAUGCUGUCACUGCUUUUAUUUUAUUGACUGGUUAAAACUGGUUUAUUUCAAGUCUCAUCAUCAUCAGUUUGUGCAUCAAAUGGUACUAAUUCUCAGUGUUAAACGUCGUGAUUUUUGCGGGUAGCUGACGUUAUCGCAGCUUUGUACAUACUGUAAAUACACGAUUUGUUACAGUUAGAGAUUUAGAAGUGUUAUUUAAGGCGUCAGUGCGACUGUUUUCAGAUGUUAAGUUGGCAAAAGAAAAGGAGGGCUGGCCUGGGAACGCCUCGGAGGAGCUGGAGGACGUGUCUGGGGUGAGGGAAGUCUGGGAGUCCCUGCUUAGACUCCUGGCCCUGGAUAAAAGGAAGAAAAUGGAUGGAUGAAUGGAAAAGGAAAAAGUUCAAAUCUGUCAGCUGGGCAGUUAGUUGUGGUCAGAUUACCGCUGGACACUGCCUUAUAUCUGUUUAAAGGGAGAAGCUAACGACACUGAAGCUAACACGCCUGUUUUUUUGGCUUGGUCUAUUGAGCGACAUUAAAGUUUGGUGUUAUUUUCCAGCUCUUUUGCCAGUUUGAGGCUGGUUUGCACGUAGUUGUUGGCGAAAGGUGUCAUAUUAUACCUGGACAACUGAGGGAUCACACUGACAUAAACGCAUUUUUUUUUUUUUAUACGAGGGUCAUUCAAUAAAAAAGGUGAAUUUUUUGGUAUAAGGACUUUUAAUACAGUUAGAAGCUUACUUUUGUUUUCUUUUCUUUUUUUUACUUGUUUUUGGAUCUUGUUACUUGGUUCGAUCACCUCAGGAGACCUCACUUCUGUAGACCUCACUUCUGCCUUCAUCCACAACACUGCUCCGUCCUUCUUUAAACAAUUUAGCCACUUGUAGAUAUUUUUUUGGCUGAAACAUGUGGCACCAGACACAGUUGACAUUCCCCUAUGAAUUUCAACGGGUUUGCACCUUCAGCAACCAAAAACUUGAUAACUGACCGCUGUUCAAUCCUGGAGUAAAAAAGUAAGCUUCUAACUGUAUUAAAAGUCCUUAUACCGAAAAUGCACCUUAUUUAUUGAACGACCCUGUGUAUAUAGACCAUGAAAAAUCCAAUCCAAGCCUGAUGUCUGACUCUGAAAAACUAACUGAACCUUUCAAUCCACCACUGUUCUUUAUAGACUCACUGAUCCAACAAGGCUGUUUUGUUUACACUUCCUGUUUGUUGUCUCGGUCUAAUGAGCUACACUAAAUGUGAACUGUGCCUGAGUCAUAUUUAGCAUAAUCAUUCAGGCCCUUAAUGGAUGCUCUCACAUCUAUUAGCACACUGGCUAGCAAUGUUGUUUUCCUUGUUUAGAUUUAGAUUUGAGGGUUGGAGUUGUAAACAGGAGAUGGAUGAUGUUUAAGCCCCUGUUCCUGUUCAAACAUGGAUCGUCUUUCCUAAAAAAAAAUGCUUCUUUAACUCCUCAAACCAUUUUUCUUUGCCUGAAGGGAGGAGCUAACUACACUGAAACUACACAACACUCACCAUGAUGCAGAUUUUAAGAUUUAAGGCAGUGUCCAGCAGUAAUCUGACCAGAACUGAAGAAGCGGAUUGGACGAGCAGCGAAACGACUUCACUCCUACAACUUUUUGUCCAGUUGACAGAUUUGACUGUGAAAGACCUGGAUGACUGAGGGAUUACACAGACAUAUUAAAUUAGCGUUUUUAACACUAAUGUUUACAUUGAACAGUAUUUGUGAUGCUCUGUGGGAAAGUUGUAUAUUUUAUUCAAUUAUGCUUUUUGUAUUAAGAAAGUGAUGAAUGCCAUUUUGUUGUAACUCAAGUC